UGUAGAGUAAAGGGGGGGUUCGACCAGUGACGAAUCCUGCCUAGCAUUAUAACACACGGACGGCGGAUGUGCAUACAUACCACGGCAACCACGCAUUGCGUAGGAUCAGAGUGUACUGAGCAGUCGGUAAAAACGGAAUACCAUAACAGUGCAGUAGGAUUGUAAUUUAUAGCACAGGAGUCAUCAGAACAACCUUUACUCCCGUCGUAUCAGCUCAAUACUGGUUUAUCAAAGUGGGCAGUGUCAACUCACAUUACUUCAACUUCAACUUGUAAUAUUUUGUUUUGAGGUGAACUGUAUCACUCUGUGGAGCCUUAAAUCAUCAUGUCAGCAAACGGUACAACAAGAGGGGAUGUCCUCCAGUUCGACGUAGGAUUGAUAAAUGCUUCAACCAAGAAGUACCUCACAACUGAGCUGGGAAAUGUGAACGUCAAUGGAACGGCCCUCAAGAUCAAGCAGGUUUGGACCCUCAACCCUGCCAGCCCAGACGGCAAACUAUUCUUCCUGACCAACAAGGUGGCCAAGAUGGGGCUGAUGACCAGCUACCGUCUGACGUACGAUAAGUACGGUAAGGUUACCGCGGAGAAGAUGGAUGAGGAUACCAGUCCGGACCUCAUGCAGAAGUUUCUGAUCGAGCCGAUUGGGGAUGGUAAGUUCGCCAUCAAAGCAGAGACACUAGACUACCUAAGUGGUUCUGGUGAAAACCCCACAUGCAAGGCCAAAACACCCGGGCCUUCGGAGAUGUGGAGCAUCCAGCUAGCCAUUCAUCCACAAGUGAAUAUCUUCAGCGUCCAGCGUCACCAAUUUGCCCAUCUAGACUCCGAGAGGGAGAUGGUCCUUUUCAACGAGGAUAUCCCGUGGGGUGGGGACGCAGUUAUCACCCUCAUCUGGGAUGCGAAAGCAAGCCAAUAUCUCAUCCAAGCCUCUGAUGAUCGCUAUGUGAAUGCUGAUGGUUCGCUCUCCAAAGACAUGGCCGCUGAGGCCCUGUUUGCACUGGAGUUCCACGGGGAGAGUAUCGCCUUCAAGAACGGAGGAAAGUAUCUUUCAGUCGGUGGUCGAGAUGGGGAGUUGAAGACGAGGAAAGCCACUGUUGGGAAUGAGGCUCUGUUCCGACUUGAAGACAGUGCCCCACAGGGUGUGUUCUUCUCAUUGGGCAACAAUAAGAUUGUUUCUAUGAAACAAGAUAUCCACGUGUCCGCCAAUCAGCAUGAAGAAUCAGACACCGAGACCUUCCAGCUGGAAUGCGCCGUUGGCAAGAAGAACGAGUGGGCCAUCCGCAGCUCCAAUGGCAAGUACUGGGCCAUGGAUGCUGGCAAGCAGGAUAUCCUCAACAAGGGAUUAUCCAGAAAAGAAGCCUGCCUGUUCGAGCUCGUCUACGGCGAUGAGGGCACCGUAUCGCUUCGUGCCGUCUCCAACGGCAAAUUCGUCGGCAUCAAGAGCAGCGGCCCCCUGGUGGCAUCCGGCUCCGAAGUCACAAACACCGAGAAGUUCCGCUUCAAGCUGAGCAACCGACCCAACCUGGUACUGAAGGGGGAACAUGGCUUCGUCGGCCUGAGGAAGAUGCUCGAGUGCAACCGAACAACAGCGGACAAUGAGAUCAUCCAAGUAUCAUAUGAGAAUGAUGGAACUUACAUCUUCAGAGGUCGUGACGAAACCAAGGCGUGGACAGCCGACGGUGACGGCAACUACACGUUGAGUGAAGGUGCACCAGAGAAGUUCACCUUGGAGUUCUUAGAGCGAUCAAAGUUCCUUAUCCGUGCUUCCAACGGUCGACUCCUAGAGGGCAAACAACACGGAGAAAUGCGUGCAACAGGGGUCGAAGCAAACAAAAGCACCCUCUGGGAAUUCUAGAGCGUUUCUUAUCAUAAGCCUUUUCUACAACCAAACAAUUAAUGUAUAAACAUUUAAAAAGCUGUUUUUGUUUUUUCUAUACUUGCAAACUUGAAGAAAUUUUCACAAAUUGCCUCAUUAUUCCAAGAAAAGGAAAUAUUUUGUAGUGAAAUUUCCAUAAAGGGGUUUUGUGAAGAUAAAUUGUUUCAGCUUAUAGUUAAGAAAACAAAAGAGAAAUUGUACUUAAAUUAUUCUUAAGUAGCUCUGUCUGUGACUAUAUAAGCAGAAAUGAAAGCUUAUUGGCUUAACAUACAAAGUCACACAAGUGCUGACAAGUUCAGUAUUUGUGUUUACCAAAUCAGGAGAACUAUGCAUUUUUAUAAAAAGGUAAAUUUUACCAACCUCUCAAUGAGCUUGUUGCCCUUUGAAACGGGAAUUUUCAAUAUUGAGCUCAAUGACAGCGUCAUCGUUGUUCAUGCACCAUUCUCGCAUUCACACGUACUGUGAGUGAUGAGGUCGCGAUGACAUGAAAAUGAGUUUCACACGCUGACUCUAUGGCGGUGUAACCAUGGUGUAACAUAAACCACCGCAACGGGAGGACACCCCUUAGGCCGUCUUGCCGGCGCGCUACUCGGUGGUAUAACCUCCUCAUCAAAAGUCGCUUAUUCACAGCUCAUUUGAUAUCCAACCAUCUUCCCAUCUGGAGAUGAGAGACCAAAUUUUCUCAUAUUAUAAGAGGCAACACCACAUUCCAUAAUAUCGAGUGAGUAAAAAUUAAUUAAUGUGCUUUCAGAUUGCUUGUUUUCAUACGAAAGUAUUACAUUCAUGGUCAGGCGUUGCACAAAUUGUUUGUAAACGCAUAUGUGGGGUUAACUAAGCAUUAUUUAGACUCAUCGAGGAAAGUAUUUCAUCCGGAAAAAAAUACGAGUAAUAUUUAAUAACAAAAUAUUAAUAAAAGAUGACAAGGUAUACUUUUCGUUUUAUAUAAAAAAAAUUAAGAGUCUUUAAAACGCUUCUGUACUUGGAUUUCGUUUGACGGUGACUUUUAUACUCGGUGCGCCUAACAUUGGUGGUAACUUUAUGUCUAGUUAAUUAUGUUGUACUUAAUGUUUCAUUUAAUGGUGCACAGUCCCUGGUUUUGGUUAUCGAUAUGAGUGUAUUUGGCGAAAGACCCGUACUUGUCAGAGAAACGGAGGGGUAAAACAAAUAUUGAACAACUUAGAUUUGUGAGAGUAUAACCAUGGUGGUUUUCUGACAAAAUCUUUCAUAAAGAACCCCAAUUUGAUUUGGUGACACCACAACUAACUGUUCGUUGCUUAUUAAGGCCUAUGACGCAUGCGCGGUAAUUUCUAACCAAGUUUUCUUCCAAUCGGCAGUCUUUAUACGCAACUUUGUCCAAAACUUUGAUAAUGGAGAUUAUGGAUGGGGGCUACUCUCUCGUUACAAUUAGCUGUAUUUGUUUAUGACGUGUAUAUAAUGUUUACUUUCUAGAUAUCUUGUGUUUACUAAAAGAAAAUGACUUAGACUUAUUUGGGAAGGUUUUUUUGGCCGUGUGAAUAAUAAUAAUAUUAAGGGUGUUUUUUGAGAAUGUGAACCAAUGAUUUGGACAAGAUCAAAAUUUACUUGUACCUACGAAAGAAAUGUGAGCUAAUGUUUACGUUGAUUAAUUUUUUAAUUGACCAGUGCUUUCCUAUCGAAAUCCCAGCAAAUCAGGGUCGAAUGUCAUGGCUCUGCCUGGAAUUCUGCACUAUCCCAUUAAAGAAUGGUGUGUUUUAUAACAUGGCUCUUAAAGUGCAGAUUUUCGCGGUAAGCAAGCAUUAGCCUUGAAAUUGGACGCAGGUGGGGUCGGCUUACUCGGAUUGGAUGCCCUCGGCACUAGCCCUAGAUAGAACUCUCCCUCUGUACACAGAUAAAGAGUCACUGUAGUAUAACACGAAAGUGUAAGGCCGACUAUCCCUCGAUACCAGAAUCGAAUAUUAUUUAUGUUUACUUUGUAUUUAAGAACAAACCUGAUGUAUGUUUAAUAUUAUCGACUUCCGUUUCGGAGGAUAUGUUUGUUGUUUUUGGUUUUUGCUUUUUUGUUUCUUAAUUCGCCUUGAAAAUACAGCAAUUGAAUUUAAAAAAAAUAUGGGUUUUUAUAGUUUGUCAGUAUUUAACAGUAUAGUGCAUCGAUAA